AUGUCUUUGUCGAAACUCCCGGUGACCAUUAUCGUCCCAGGUGCCUUCGGCACACCUCAAGGCUUCGAGAAAUUGCUACCGUAUCUGACCAAAGCCGGAUACGCAACAUACCCAGGGUCAUACCCUAGCUGCAAUUCUUCUGAUCCGGCCAAAGCGUCUGCUCCCCAGGAUAUCGCUUUCUUGCGCGACACCGUACUACUCCCUCAUUUGUAUGAACAUGGUAAAGACGUCGUCAUCAUCGCGCACUCAUACGGGGGUGUCGUUGCAGGUGGCGCAACAAAAGGACUUGCGAAGGAGAAUAGAAGAGCCCAAGGCGGCGCGUACCCUCCCUUUAUCAAAGUCGACAAGCCAUCUCAGGGUCUUGCUGCCAUUGGGCCGGCGAUGGAGGUUCUGUAUAAUGACUGCGACAGUGCCCCUGAGCCGGAAUUGGAUAAGUUGUUGCAGCCACACGCACUCCGUGCUUUUGAAACACCCGCCACUGCUCCGGCUUGGGCGGAGAGUGCGUUCGAUGGUAGGAGAGCGUAUGUGCGGACACUGGACGACUGUUUGAAUCCUUCGUCGUUGCAGGAUCUGUGGCUGGAAAAGUCCAAGGUCGAAUGGGAGCCUCAGGCUUUAGCGGAGCAGAUUAUCAAGUUCACUGAUGGGUUUAUUGCAAAGUGA